AGGCUCCGGGGCGCUUCCUGCCUUCGGGGCGGGGAGCGCCCCACACGACUCCCGCCCAGCCCUCGUCGUACGACCGCGCUCGACCCACAAGACCCCUGCCCGGCCCCUCUCCCCCGGGAGACCACCUAACCAUCUCAGCGCUGGCGUUCCCUCGGUGAUCAGCGGGGAGCUUGGGUUCGGGUCCCGGGUCCCUCGCCGGGGACUGAUUGCUAACCUGAGCCACCUGCUCAGACAUACCCACGCCCCCAGGGACCGAGCCGACGGACCCCGAGCCCACUCGGAUGCAGAUGCUACAAGGGAACUCGCUGCUGCUGUCGUACAGCCUGCAGGAGCUGCUGGCCCGUGACACCGUGCAGGUGGAGGUCAUCCCCGAGAAGAAGGGUCUCUUCCUGAAACAUGUGGAGUAUGAGGUUUCCAGCCAGCGCUUCCAGUCAUCUGUGUACAGACGGUACAACGACUUCGUGGUCUUCCAUGAGAUGCUGUUACACAAGUUCCCGUAUCGCAUGGUGCCAGCCCUUCCCCCGAAGAGGAUGCUGGGAGCCGACAGAGAGUUCAUUGAGGCCAGGAGGAGGGCGUUGAAGCGCUUCAUCAACCUAGUGGCCCGGCAUCCCCCCUUCUCUGAGGAUGUGGUCCUGAAGCUGUUCCUGUCCUUCAGUGGUCCCGAUGUGCAGAACAAGUUAAAGGAGUCAGCCCAGUGUGUCGGCGAUGAGUUCCUGCACAGCAGACUGGCCACUCGAGCCAAGGACUUCCUCCCAGCCGACAUCCAGGUCCAGUUUGCAGCAAGCCGGGAACUGAUUCGAAACAUCUACAACAGCUUCUAUAAGCUCCGGGACCGGGCUGAGCGGAUUGCUUCCAGGGCCAUCGACAAUGCUGCUGACCUCCUCAUUUUUGGGAAGGAGUUAAGUGCUCUAGGGUCUGACACAACCCCACUCCCCUCCUGGGCCUCUCUGAGCAGCAGCACAUGGGGGUCCCUGAAGCAGGCGCUGAAAGGCCUGUCUGUGGAAUUUGCACUGCUGGCUGACAAGGCCGCACAACAGGGUAAACAGGAGGAGAGCGAUGUGGUGGAGAAGCUGAACCUCUUCCUGGAUCUGCUCCAGUCCUAUAAGGACCUGUGCGAGCGGCACGAGAAGGGCGUGCUGCACAAGCACCAGCGGGCGCUGCACAAGUACAGCCUCAUGAAGCGGCAGAUGGUGAGCGCCGCGCACAGCCGGGAGCCUGAGGCCGUGGAGCAGCUGGAGUCACGCAUAGUGGAGCAAGAAAACGCCAUCCAGACAAUGGAGCUGCGUAACCACUUCUCCCUGUACUGCCUGCACCAGGAGACGCAGUUGGUGCACGCCUACCUGCCACUCACCUCCCACAUCCUCGGGGCCUUCGUGAACUCGCAGAUCCAGGGCCACAAGGAGAUGAGCAAGGUGUGGAACGACUUGAAGCCCAAGCUGCACUGCCUCUUUGCAGGACCAAGUGGCACCCUGACGCUGCCCCGAUCCACCCAGGAGGACUGCCUGCUCCCUCGCUAGUGCCCACGGACUCCCCAGGCCCCACUAAAAUGUGUUUCCAAACGGCGUGUCCCUGUUUAAUUCCCAACACCUGGUGCCCUCGGUGUCUGGUCACCUGUGGACAGGUGGGGCGGCGUCUUGGCUGUGAGGACCCGCCUCCUGAGGCCUCUGGGCACAGCUGCAGAGCCUGGUCGGCCUCCUCCAACAGUCCCUGGAGGCCGUGCUCCCCACAUCGUCCUUCAGCUCACUGCUUCAAUGCUGAGAAGUGCCGGUGUUCCUGGAGUGGGGUUUCUGUCCUAACAUCCCGGGCAGGGUGGAGGAUAGUUUUCGCUGUGCACAUGGCACCUGGGAGAGCUGAGGGGGUGCCUUGGAUGCAGUGGGCUCAUAGUUGGAGACGCCUCUGGGGUCCAAUCUGCUGAGCAGGUGGGAGGAGGGCUGAGGUCCCAUAGAGGAUGGGGCGUACGCUGUGGCCAGGCCUGCACCUGGGGAAGGAGAUGGCAGUGCUGACCCGGAACUCGUCAGUGAGCUGGUAGUUGAUCAGACUGACUGGCACACCUGGCAGGCAGUGGUGCACUCGUCCUUGUGUGUGGGGGCAUUGUGUUGAGAGUGUGCAUGAGUGCAGGUGUGCACGAGUCUUCAUGUGGAGGGUGCCUGUGAGUGCGUGAGUGUGCAUGCAUGUGUGCAUAAGUGUGUACAUUCAUGUGUGAGUGUGCAUGUGUGUCAGCAAGAUGGAGAAAGUGAAGACACUCUUGCUGACUACCCUCAGGCCCUGGUGUGUCCAAGUCCCCACACGCACGUGUGCACGCACACACUCUGACCCCAAUAUAUGCAGGAUGAAGGGAGCCCAGCCUGUUUGUCUGUCCACCUGCCGGAGGCCGUCUGUGCCUUGUGCACCCCUCUCUACCCCUCUGGCAGCCGGCACUGGUGUCAGCUCCAUCAGCACCAAGGCAGGUAGAGCUGAGGAUGGGGUGCAGAGGGAGGUCCCUUUUGUGCCAGCCAGGCCUUCUUGCCUUAUGUUGCUGUGCCCCACCUCUCUUUUAAACUGAGUUCCUGGUGCCCCUUCUUUGGGACAAGGAGGACAGUCCUCCCUGUCCCCUCCCCCCAACUUGCUUAUGGAGGGGACUGGCUGUCCUCCAGGGCUACUGUCUCCUUGGACAUAGAGCGGUUCUCCAGUGGCUCAGGCUGACUCUCCACCUCGGCAGUGUGUGUCACUGCUGUGUCUUCCUGCAAACGAGCAGAGCCUCUCUCCCCAGCUGGACAGCCUGGGCUCCUCGCUGGGCCCCACUGAGUAGUCCACGGCUCUUGUUGGCCAAGGAGAGCCUCCAGAGGGUUCUUGUUGGGCCACUGGACUCUCACAGGAGGCUCUCCAGUGACAACAGGAUGUCCCAGCAGCUGCAGGGCCCUGCAGUUAGACGGGGGUUUCUGCUAACAGCACCUGUGGCUGUGAGUCCCGGAGUGCCCAGAGGGGUCCUUGAGGGUGUGCUCUUGUGUACUCCGCUCAGUCAGAUGGCUGUGUAGGGCCCUCGGGCAGCGAGCUGGAGGCCUUGAGCAUGGAAGACCCCCUUGCCUGGGAGGACAGAGUUCCCUGCCUGGACCUGACUGGUGUCCUCACCACGGGGUCCGAGCCCCCUUGAGGUGGCAUCCGGCUGGGAAGUACCAGUUGGUCCCACUACACUGCGGGGCACGGAAACCACAGAGCACAGCACCUGCCGGGCAGGGGCUGUCAGCCUGUUCUGUCUGCUCGAAGCACUCUGAAGCCCCUGGUCCGUGGAGCUGCCACCAUCCCUGCCUGAGGCCUUACCUUGUGCUUUGCUGGGUCCUUCGGUUCUAUGUAUGAAGCACUUUAUCAGACCGCAGGAGUCAGUUACCACCCCAAGGAACUGGCGUUGUUUACUGUGGUCUACAUUCCGAGAUGUCUGCCAAUAAACCUGUAUGGACCGUUGUCAUGUGUAUCUGUGAAAGCCUGGUGAGCUUGUACGUGGCUUCGGUGACUGGGUAGCCUGCCCCUUUCUGGGGGUUGGCAACAGAAUGGCCCCAUUUCCUUGGGCUCUGGGGAGGACUGCUGGCUGGUGUGGCAGUAGACCUGGGUUUGACCCAGACCUUAACCACCCCUCCUCAGUUUCCUCAACUGUACAAAGAGGAAGUGUCACAAAAGGUGGAGGUGGGUAAGACAGGAACAAACGUGCCUUCUAGCUGCCCCCAUGAUGCCAGCUGGAACCCAGUGGUGCAUGCACAUGCCACACCUGGGACCUGGCUUACCUGCACCACCUGUCCACAACAGGCACAUCUGUCCACAGCAGGCACCAGAGGCAGCUGGAAAGGUCUCCCGUCCUGCUCCUGCCCUGGGUAGUGCGGUCACAGCCCAGCACAGGCUACUCAGAGCACGGGCCUGCAGCUUCCUGGAGACAGGACUGGGCCGGCUCUGGUGCUGCCGAGUGAAGAACGCUUAAUUCAAAAAUCAAGAUAUUUAUUUUCCUUUUCAUCUGAUUGUGUGCCAAACAAGGAAGAGGAGCCGGCCCAGCCCCCUGAUCCCGUUGACUCCAACUCUCCAGACUAGGCAGCGAGCACCCCCCUAGAGCUGGUCUACCUCGCGCAGUGUGUGUGCCACGAUGGUGUCCUGGCCCUGGAACCGGAAGUGUCCGAGGAACUUCUUCUUCUGGAGCAGGAGCGGGAACCAGUAGCUGUCGUCAGGCCACAUGUCGUUGAAGGGGAUCUGAUCUAGCUGGAACCAUUGUGGGCGCAUUUCUGCAGAGAGAUGUGAACCAGCCCUGUGUAAGAAGCAUGACACGCCUUCCUGCCCAGUCCUCAUGCCCGUGCUCCUCACUGUACAGAACAAGGUGGGUUCCCAGGCUGUUUGGAUGGGGCGGCUGGCCCCAUGGACCAGGCUCAGGUGAGCCCCACCAGGUGUGGGUUGCCAGCCCCCCCUCCCCCGGAGUUCUCUCCCCUGAGACGGGAGGGGGACACUUACCGUCGCUCUCUGUGGGUGUCCCCUGGACGUGGUCGGUGCAGAAGAUGUGGACGUCCAUCGGCUCGGGGCUGCCCACGAACUCGAAGGUGAUCUGCCCCACCUUGUGUAGCGUGCCUGCAGUCAGGCCGCUCUCCUCCUGCAGCUCCCUAGGGGGUGGGACGGGUGGAAGGAAGCUGUCAGUUACAGCAAGGUGCCCAGCCUAUGGCCACACAAAACCCUGGAAAGGCACUGGGGGACCACAGGGUGGAGGGUUUGUACCUGUGGUUCCAGGGGGCCACUCAUUGAUAAUGGAAUUCUCUGGGGAGCUUGUUAAAGCUUCUGAUUUUGACUCUAAGGUUCUGGGAGGGGCUGGGAAUCGCCCACCAGGAGAUUGGAGGGUGUGGGUUCACAGCACACUCUUUACUUAUGCAUGACAGGCCAGGCUUGGCUAAGGGAAGCUGCUGGUCUGGGGUCUCCUGGGUUAGUGACGAGCUGGGACUGGGACUACCGCCUAGUCCCGCGAUAUUUGUGGAGUUCCCUGUUCCCAGGCCCUGUCUGAAAGCCUGUGUGUCUCAUAAGGGCAGCCUCAUACUUUCUCAGAGAGCAGUGUCAGCCACAGGUUUCUUUUUUUGAAGUUGUAUCUUAUUCUGGUUUUGUUGUUGCUGAUAAUACACUUGGCAGAAAUACACCAAUUCAACAACUUCUACAUGUACAAUUCAGUAACAUUAAUUACAUUCUUCAAGUUGGGCAACUAUCCUCAUCCUCCUUUUCUGAACUGUUCCUCCCCCAUUAACAUAAACUCACUGCCCCCUAAGCUUCCUAGCCAACCUUUCCAGCUGCCCUUGUGAAUUUGAUCCCAUAUAGUUCUUUAAAAGAGCACAAUGGUCCAGGCAGGCGUUCUUUACUAAUGAAGCUAAACUGCUGUAUAAGAAGUCAGUCACAGGUCUAGCGUCUUUCCAGGAGUUGUUUUAAUUUUUGCUCCAUGUCACGCACGUGUUGAUCACACAAGUCGUGUGCUUUGGGCCUGCCUUGCUGCGGCCCCCCUUCUAGCCCUUUCUUCCGACACUUUCGCCACCAGAUAAACCAGUUGUGCUUGGGGGUGGGGUGGUCAGAGGCUUUGUUGGGCCACCUGAGGAAACACUACUUGGCAGCCAAGCGCUUUUUAAACUAUAUGGGCUCCUGGUGGCGCAGUGGUUAAGCAUUUGGCUGCUAACCAAAAUGUCAGCAGUUCAAAUCCACCAGCCGCUCCUUGGAAACUCUGGGGCAAUUAAGCCAAUCUAGGAAGACAAAAUAAAAAUUUUUAAAUUUUUUUAGGAAGACAACACCCAUGAGCUUAUCACCCAGUCAGAAACCCUGUUAACAUUUCAGUGUUUCUCCCUCUGGUCUUUCUCCUCUGAUUGACUCCUUAAAAACUUCAAACACAUUAUACGGACUUUAUAGCCAUAUCUUCCACUCAGGAGUUUCUGGGUGGCACAGAUGGUUAAGUGCUUGGCUACUAACUGAAAGGUUGGUGGUACACAUCGACCCAUCAGCACCUCAGAAGAAAGGCCUGGCAGUCUACUCCUGAAAAAUCAGCCACUGAAAACCCCAUGGAACACAGGUCUGCUGUGAUGCACAUGGGCUUGUCGUCAACUUGGCAGCAACUUAAAAAAAAAAAAUUUCCAUUUAACAAUAGAUGGGUGCUGAUACUCUACACCUCAAGGAACUGGGUUCCUUACUGAUGGGUAUCACAUAUUAACAAAAUGUAAACUUGGUUAUCAUGGAAAACCCUGUGAUGAGCAUCUUUGUAGAUAAACUUUGUACUGCAGACUUCCUCCCUCUGAAUAAAUCGCUUAUCGUGCUCAUUUCGGUUCUUGUCCAAUCACUUGGCAAACACUUACUGGAAGACCUACUAUGUGCCCGGUACUCUGUGGGGACUGUGAGGUCAAAAAGCCGCUGCGGCUAUGAAACCAGAGUCUGUUUCUUCCUUUAGAGGGGUUUCUCACUUCCCCAUUGCCCUGUGUUUAUUUUUAUUUCUGCUAAAAUAUUCUGAUUGUCUGACCAUUUAUAGUUGUAUGUAAAAAGAAUUGUUUUAGCUUUGAUCUCCAAGUUAUGCUAGAGACACACAAUGCAGGAUUACUUUCCGUGUCUCUAAUAAGGAGUCAGGGAAGCCACUUUGCUCAUUAAAAAAAAAAAUCAUUAGGUGUAAUGGUCUUAUUUAAAGUGAUGCUUAAACCCUGCCUUGACCUUGAUCUGGGGAGGAAAUGCUUCCACCUGUUGGUGAUUCAAGGAGCCCUGUGGCACAACGGCUUAACACUCUGCCGCUAACUGAAAGGUUGGCGGUUUGAACCCACCAACGGCUCCGUGGGAAAAAGACGUGGGGAUGUGCUCCCGUAAAGAUUACAGCCUAGGAAACCCUAUGGGCAAUUUGAUUCUGUCACACGGGGUUGCCAUUAUCAGAAUCAACUUGACAGCACCUAACAACAACAUUGCCAAUUUGGAAUGUAUAUAUCCAAGUGAUAUUUGGGAAGCUGGAAUUUACUGAGAUGGUUAAUUAAAAUUAGAUUCAUGUAAAAAA